AUGAAAACACAUGAUCUUGUCUUUUCAAACAACCCAAAAUCGAACAUUGCUAACCGGCUUCUCUACAAUUACAAGGAUGUGAUUACGGCCCCUUAUGGUGAAUUCUGGAGGCAGAUGAAAAGCAUAUUUGUACUCCAGCUUCUAAGUAAUAGAAGAGUUCAGUCUUUUCAUAAUGUCAGAGAAGAAGAAACAGCCCUCCUGAUGAAGAAGAUGGAAGAAUCAUCUUCUUCAUCCUCGCCAUUGAAUUUAAGUGAAAUGUUCACGCUGCUAACGAAUGAUGUGGUAUGCAGGAUUGCUUUUGGGAGGAAGCACAGUGGAUGGGGAGAUGAGAAGAAUUUUAUGCUGCAAUUGAAGGAUUUCGCAGGGUUGUUGAGCAGCUUUGAUGUUGGGGACUUCAUUCCAUGGCUUGGAUGGAUCAAUCAUGUCACUGGUCUUUAUGCCAAAGUGGACAGAGUUGCAAAAGAGAUUGAUGAAUUCCUGGAGCAAGUAGUUGAAGAGCGUGUGAAUGUCCUGAAAAGGAAGAGUUAUGGCAACGAGAGAGUUGAAGAAGAAGGCAGGGAGGGAGGAUUUCCUUGA